UGCUAGGGCAUCUUCUUUGCACGGUAUAUAUUGUAUCGGACUGCGCUCCGAACCAAACAAAAUUUGCAGCCUUUUUUUAUUUCACCGCUUUGGAGGCGAUUUCCUCAGGUACUACAUUAACUAGCAAUGGUGGACGGUCAUGAGACUGACAAAAAUAUCGAGAUAUGGAAGAUCAAGAAGCUGAUUAAAGCACUCGAAGCAGCUAGAGGCAAUGGCACCAGCAUGAUAUCUCUCAUAAUGCCUCCACGUGAUCAGAUAUCGAGGGUUACCAAGAUGCUUGGAGAUGAAUUUGGGACUGCUUCAAACAUCAAAAGCAGAGUCAAUCGUCAAUCUGUGUUAGGUGCAAUCACUUCUGCCCAGCAAAGGCUCAAACUAUAUAGUAAAGUUCCUCCCAAUGGGCUUGUGCUCUAUACGGGCACGAUUGUGACUGAAGAUGGGAAGGAGAAGAAAGUCACGAUUGAUUUUGAGCCUUUCAGGCCUAUAAAUGCAUCUCUUUAUCUCUGUGACAACAAAUUUCACACUGAGGCACUUAAUGAACUUUUGGAAUCAGAUGAUAAGUUUGGUUUUAUUGUGAUGGAUGGUAAUGGGACUCUCUUUGGGACAUUAAGUGGCAAUGCUAGAGAGGUGCUCCAUAAGUUCAGUGUUGAUCUUCCCAAGAAGCACGGGAGAGGAGGACAAUCAGCUCUUCGUUUUGCUCGGCUUCGAAUGGAAAAACGACACAACUAUGUGAGAAAGACUGCUGAACUUGCGACACAAUUUUUUAUUAAUCCUGCCACUAGUCAGCCUAAUGUUUCAGGAUUAAUACUUGCUGGAUCGGCUGAUUUCAAAACUGAGCUGAGUCAAUCAGAUAUGUUUGAUCAACGGCUUCAGGCUAAGGUUCUGAAUGUGGUUGAUGUCUCUUAUGGAGGUGAGAAUGGUUUCAACCAAGCAAUCGAGCUUUCAGCAGAAAUCCUGUCGAAUGUGAAAUUCAUACAGGAGAAGCGUUUAAUAGGGAAAUACUUUGAGGAGAUUAGUCAAGAUACCGGGAAGUAUGUUUUCGGUGUGGAUGACACACUGAAGGCCUUGGAGAUGGGAGCUGUUGAGAUACUUAUCGUAUGGGAAAAUCUGGACAUAAAUAGGUACAUGUUGAAGAACAGCGUUACCGGUGAAGUUAUCAUAAGACAUUUGAACAAGGAACAAGAAGCUGAUAUGACCAACUUCCAGGACUCAUCCAACUCAGCUGAUUUGGAGGUUCAGGAAAAGAUGCCACUUUUAGAGUGGUUUGCUAAUGAAUACAAGCGAUUCGGUUGUAGUCUCGAGUUUGUUACCAACAAAUCACAAGAGGGUUCCCAGUUCUGCCGAGGGUUUGGCGGGAUUGGGGGCAUCCUCCGAUACCAACUUGACAUGAGAUCGUUUGAUGAGUUUUCUGAUGAUGGAGAAGUUUAUGAUGAUUCCGAAUAGCAACCAAUCAACUCCACCCCAUUAACGGUGCAGGAUGAUGGGGUCAAAAGCAAAGACUGCACCAGCGCCCGAGCUGCUCGGGAUGCCCCCAAAGUUUCUCAUACAUCUAAUUAAGCAGGCUUUAUGUGCAGUAUUGCGCGUCAACAGAUCGAUGUAGCAGCAGCUAGAAUGUGUGAAGAAGGCUUAACUUAGAAUCCCAUGGAGCUUCAUUUCUUCUAUUUACUGGAGCAGGGCCCUACAUAUAUAAAAUGAUAUCCAUAUGGUAACAUACUUGCCUUAGGGUGUAGUUGUGUGGAGCUAUUGAUAAUAUAUUUGGUUCAUCUACUUGUUAUGUUAUGCCUAAAUGAUACCUUAUCUCUGGACAUUGUCGCCUGAUAUCCAAACUUUUGUGGAAGCUAUGUUUUUCAUUUUAUAAGAGACCUUGUUAAUAUUAUAUAAUUGAAUGUCUAUGAAUAUGUUUUAGAAUUGUC